AUGGCCGUUUUUGCACUUUUAGAGUCAAAUAGUUCAGAAUAUUCUGCCAGUGCCGGGAAGCUCUGGGCGGCAGCUUUUACGCUUGCAGGUCCUGCAGGGUGUUGCGAACCCCUUCCGUAUCUUCUUCGUGGCUUUAAUUUUAAAAGAUUUCGCCUUUCCGAGUAUCUUACUGAAAAUGAAUUUGUUUUUGAUUCUGGGACGUGCUCUUUGCUUCGAGGCUUUCUUGCGCCUUGGUGCAGCCCAGAAAAGGAAUUAUUACAGCUGCCUGCAAAUGUGGUGGUAGGAAAGCUGCUUGCAAAUGACACAAGUGCUGCCGUCGUUGCUGGAAUUCGGAAAUUGCCAGCCACUACUCUGUUUUCUCCGCUCAGUGAAUUGCCUAGCACCGAGUCAUCAAAAGCAGGGUUGCCUGAGUUAUUGCUUGGAUCAGCAUCAAGAUGUGUAGUUAAUGAUGGGAUUAGUUGCACCCAAAACAAAAUCCCAGUCAUAAAACUCAAUGCAAAUACUUGUAAAGGGCCAAGUUUUCAAACAGCAGAUAAGAGAUUGCUUUCCCAGUUACCUGAAAGAACAGAAAAAGAUACAAAAAGCAAACCAGGGAAGGGGUCUGGGAUUGGAGGAUCAAGUCGGAAAAGGUCAAGGGAAGAAAAGCCAUUGCUCACAGCAAAGGGACCUAAGAAGACACAUGUUCUGGUGAAGAGGAUUGCUUUGAACGAUCCUGCUUGUAUGGGUAUAUGUAACGAGAAAUCAACAAAAUCAAAGCGGAAGCAUGGGCAAGUUUUCAAGGUAGGAGAGAAGAGAAGUGGCAAGCUACAUCAAACACGAGUAGAUUGUUCUGGCACGAAGACUGGGUCAUCAAACUCUAAUGCAGGGGGGAACAACAUUCUUGUUUUCUGGUGGGAGACGUUAAUUUUUCGUUGGGAGACUUUGGAGAUGGUAGGAGACGGCAACCAAAAGCAUCCUGUGCAUCGGGACGUUUCCAGAGACAUCUGUGGUACCACAGACACGUCUCCCAGUAUCCAUGGUAUUUAUGGCUUCAAGGCCGAGUCUAUCAAUAUUACAAAGUACAUGCAAGAUUUAACAUUAGAAGAUUUACUUAAUGGGAAGUGUAACGUGGCUAGAUUUUCUCGAGUUGAAACUAGGGAAAGCCACAAUAAUAACAAAAAUCUUCUGCAAUGUGUUCAAAAGAUUUGUCAGAUACUACCAUCACAGUCUAACAGAUCUACUAAGAAUACAAAAUCACUGGAUACCAACUACAAUUUGAAAGGGGAGCUUUCUAUAUCCACUGCAGACAAAGAAAAAGUAGGAGGAGAAGCAUCAUCACCAAGAAAGGAAGUUCAUAAUAGUGAUCCUUGGGAAGUCAAUUUCAAAGAUGCAGUGAAGGCAGGUCUGGGACCAGAUUUUCUAGUGAAUAGGCUCCCACUCUACCAGCCUGAAGAGUUCAUGCAAAAUUUGAGAAUUUCCCCUAUUGAAUCUUUGGAUAGCUUGAUAUCACAAAGUCCCAUUCAAAAGAUAAAUGGAUCGAAGGGUUUGCCUUUCCUAAAUUCUAAUACAUGCAUGGUACACAAUAGUAGUAUUCCUCCUUUCUCUUGGUCACUUCCUUACUGUGGGCCCUGCAAGAGCGUCCUGGAAACUUGUAGGUUUUCGACAAUUCAAAAUAUAAAUGCAAGACAGUGGAUUCAACUAAGUGGCACCCAGCCUAUGAACAAAUAUUGCCUAAGCAACUCUCAAUCUGCAAAGUUUUCUGGUUUGAAAUUGGAAUCCAGAACUAAGUUUGAAGGGUGCAUAGAUGUACCUGAUAGGAUUCCUUUGGUUCAGAAUUUUGUGUCUGAAGCUGCAGACGAUAGGGACAUUAAAUUGAUGAAAGGUAGUAGCUUAAUUGAUUCUUGUUACCUGGCUGAAGUAGAGAAGUCGGUGGGCAAUAUAUCUUCCAAUCAUCAUAUUUACAGAAAUUCUAAAGAAACACUCGAUGUGCCUGAGAAAAAACCCAAAUAUAAUACAAGCUGCAUUCAAGCAACUUUGGAAUCUGAAAAGAAUAAGACCUCCACCAAUCAGUUCACAAGAGACUGUACUACUGGAGUUGCAGAUGCAAUCAUUCCAGUUCCUGAGAAAUUGGGAAUGGUUAAUGAAGAAGAAAGAAAAGUCAUGGAUGGUAUUGCACCAGCUUUCUCAUCUGUUAUAUCUUCACCGGGAACGUUACACAGCAUGCUUCCAUUUCAUGAUCAAAAUAAUGUACCAGAUUCUCCGAAGGCACAAGCUGCUGCUCAGACAUUGUAUGACAUGGCUCACUGUUUAACUCAUCAGAAGAAAAAUGAUCAAAACAGUGCAAAGCAUAAAAGUAAGGAUCUGGUUUCCUGGCCUGGAGCAUUAUCACAAAGAACUGCAAAGGCCCACAAGUCUAUAAAUUCAAUGGGCAAGUAUUCAAAUUCCAAAUGUCCAGAAAAGGUGGAGAUGGAAGAAAUCAAAACUGGAAGGGGAGAUCUAACAAUCCAUAACAAUUGCUUGCCCCUUGAAAGGAGAAAAUGUCUUAAUCAGGUUAAUGAUACUUCAACAACUGUGAAACAUUCAGCAUCCAAAACAGGUAAAUUACAGGGCAGGAUGAUGAAUGUCUCAAAGCAUAUAGAUGAGGUUGGAAUUUCUCGUGAUACUACAAUGCUGAUGGAAGGUAGGAUAUUCCGUGAACAAGCAGGAGAAAGCACUGGAGAUUUAGGAAAAGGGAUGGCUUCACUAAUGACAACAGCAUCACAAGAAACACCAUUGAAAAAUAUUUUAACAGAAACUCACGCUCGAACAGUUAGAAGAACAAUCCCUUUAACAGCUCAAAAGAGUAGGACAUUGGGUAGGUCGAAUUUUUCUCUUGGACAUUUUAGUCCAAGAGGAAAAAGAGGGGCUAAUUUUGGGCCUCAUCAAUCAAAUAUCAAGUGCAGAAGUUUUCGUCUAAUGGGUUCAUCAUCCAGCAUACAGAAUAAUGAUUUUAACACUACUCCAAAACAUAGGAAGUCAUUGUCGUCACAACAAGGGACUAGAAGUAGGGAUUCAACUAGGGAAAAAUUCAACAAGCUUUGAGUUUCCAACACUCUAGAUUUAUAUUUCUCAGAGCCUUGGCAUUUCUAUAUCCCAAGUGUUGGAGCUCUUCUAACGGCAGCAUGUUCCAGUCAACCCUGGAUUUAAGGCACCAGUGGGAAAAUUCAUUGGUUUGUGUUUUGAUGUCCUUUGUAUAUCUCAUAAGAGGAUAAGUGUAACGCAUCUGUUGGUGAAACUGUAGAGUGUUUGGAAGCUUCUUCUUUUCUCCUUCAUGGUAAAGUCUCUCAUUCUUGAUGUUAAUCUUGCUGUAUGAUAUUCAAUUUUUUUCCCUGCAGGAGCCUUUUUUGGCAAGUGCUGGCCCAGAUGUGAAGUAAGCAUACCUGGUAAACAAACUAUACCACAUCAACAGUGCAAAUCUAUGUAUAUUAGCGUAUAGAGCAAAUGUGCACUGUCAAUGUGGUGCAGUUUGUUGACCAGAUAUCCUAACCCACUAGGAUACUAUAUCUGAUGUGCAUUUGCCUUGUGAAAGCUUGAAAACUUAUGAAUAAUUAACUUUUAGCAUUGCAAAAUGUACACCGGGUGUAAUUUGUAUCUUAAUCAUUUCCAAUGAAAAUAUGUAUCUCACAUUUAUUUCAAUGAAAAACAGGGCUAAUUUUUUA